CGUAGGAACAAUCGAGGAGACUCUACCACAAUCUCGGUCAGGUUGGCGUCGUCGAGAUUGUGUUACGCGGCUCGAACAAGCCAUGGACAUCGGCCGCCAGGAUUUCUCGCUAAGCGGACCCGCGAAUGAGAAGCGUCGAACGCCCCAUGCUCCAAGAGAAGUGGCCGCCUGAAAGUGGAAUAUCUCCACUCGGCGCCAUCCUCUGUUUUCCUCACUGAACAUCACACGCACACACGACAUGGCUGGAAACAUUCAACGCAACGAGCUCCGCGGUGACAGUGGCGUCACCGUCACUGACUCGUCCCAGACCUUCAAGAAGCCGUACCAGACGGUCGGCAGACCAGCUGUCGUUGAAAACCUCAACGACCAGUACGUGCGGGAUCCUCCACAGGUUCGUUGUUGCCGAGUUUAUAGCCGUGUCUAAUACUAAGUUCUAUCGAGGAGGAUCCCGAGCAGGUGUCGCGAGAGCAGGUCCUGGGCGACGAGUUCGGUGGGCG